UAUUCGCGCUGAUCGGCGCCACCGUCAUCUUCGUCAUGUGGAAGAACAUCGGUCGGUGUCCACACUACGUGGACGAGGACGUCAACCGUGACCACGUCAGCGUUUCUUCGAGGAAAGCGCACACCAAGGUGGACUGCAUCGGUGUUUCGAAGGGCCUGUUCUGCGGCCUGCUGGCGCUGGUCAUCAUCACUAUCUGCCUGGUGCUAUUCUUCGUACUGGUGCAGCAGGAUCAGCACCGCCGCCUGGCCAUCUUCCUGGCCGACACCAGCCACGCCGGCAUCCUCUUCCUCAUGAUGCUCGCAAGUUUGAUCGGAAUUCUCAGAAGCAGAAGGCUGAAGUUUGCUUAUGACAAGCCUGAUGACCUGGACGCCAUCUUGUUGCGGGUGUCGGCAUUCGGCCUUUUCCUGUACUCGAUGUUCUGCUUGAUCGCCGCCGCUCUGUCGCCCAUGCAAAACGUCCCGAACAUUCUGGUUCUGGUCACCUCGGCACUGGUCAUUCUGCAGGUGAUGAGUCAGCUGAUAUACAUAUCGGAUGUGGCGAAGCGUUCGGUGUACCUGCCGGAACACGACCGAACCAAGCCCGGACGCCACGUGGUCACCUUCCUGCUGCUCUGCAACCUCGCCCUCUGGCUCGUCUACACGUUCGAGAUCGAAAAAGUGGACGCAAACCCCGUGCAGUUGAACUUUUACGGCCGGCUGCACUGGGCGGUGAUCCUGCGCGUGACGUUGCCGCUGGCCAUCUUCCACCGUUUCCACUCGGCCGUGGUGCUGGCCGAGGUGUGGAAGUCCAGCUACAGGGCACGCGAGGACUGAGCCAUCAGCGGAAACGGCUCCAUGUCCCGACGCCAGCGCUGUCCACGCGGCCGGACCGGUGCCCGACUUUGUGACGCACCACGACCGGGUCCGCCGGUUUUCCGGCUCGGCCCAGGCGAGGACCGUUCUGCAGUCAGCUGAAGGCGUGCGGGGACUGGGUCAGCGACGUUUCGCGCCGUAUACCACGGUAGCAUGUGGAGUCCGGCUACAGGACGGAGGGCCUGAGACCACGGCUCCUCGGCCCAGCCCGGGACCUGUCGUGAGACCAGGCGGUGAAC